UAAUUUGAUUUGACCAAACAGGUUUAGGCCCACGACCUAGGCUAACUGUGGAGUUUGGUUCCGUUGACCUUGCAUGGCCUAACCUAAUUCAGGUCUUAGCGUAACACUUUUCGCGCUUGUUGAAGCUAUGAUUUUUCUUUUAGAUGGCAUUUUAGUUCAAUGGGGAUUAGUCCUCCUCUGCGUGGUGUUUGUCUGUCUUUCCGUCAACAGUUCGUCCAAAGCAGGGCAUGGAAAGGAACCCCCAUCUCCGACGCGUCUUCCGUUGUUGGGAAACUUAUUGCAGUUGGACCUAAAUAGGCCUUAUGAGGGACUCUGUGAGCUCUCCAAAAAACAUGGAAGUGUGUUCACCGUCCAUUUUGGGCCGAAGAAGGUUGUGGUCUUGGCUGGGUACAAAACUGUCAAAGAAGCCCUUGUGAACCAUGCAGAGGAGUUUGGUGACCGAGACAUCACGCCACUAUUCCAUGACAUCAAUAAAGGGGAUGGGAUAAUACUUUCCAAUGGAGAAUGCUGGAAGGAGAUGAGGCGAUUUGCCCUCUCCAAACUGAGGGACUUUGGAAUGGGCAAGAAAGCAAUUGAACUGAAGAUCCAGGAAGAGGUCCAGUACCUUAUUGAGGUCUUUGAGCAACAUAACGGUGCAGCGUUUGACACAUCCAGGCCAGUGAGCUACGCUGUGUCCAACAUCAUCUGCUCCAUCGUCUAUGGCCAACGCUUUGACUACGCAGACCCAAGGUUCAAGGCGCAGGUCGACAGAGCCAAUGACAUCGUUUCAAUCAUGGGCUAUGCCUCAAUACAGAUCUACAACAUAUGUCCUUGGUUGCGUCCCGUCCUCUGGUACUGGAGGGUGCUCAUGAAUAAACUGAACCAGGACUUUGACGAGAUUCGUCAAUUCUCCAGGGGGCUGAAGGAGACCCUCAACCCUGAGCGGUGCAGAGGCUUCAUUGAUGCAUUUCUGAGUCGUAUGAUCAGUGUGGAGGCUCUGGGCCAGAAGGACUCCCAGUUCCAUGAGGAUAACCUGGUGUACUGUGUGGACAACCUGUUUGCGGCGGGCACUGACACCACAGGAGCAACCAUGCGCUGGGCCCUGCUCCUUAUGGCCAAGUACCCUCUCGUACAAGAGCGAGUGCAUGAGGAGCUGGACAGGGUGAUCGGAGCCCGGGUGGCUGCGGCCGAGGACAGGAGGAGUCUGCCCUACACGGACGCCGUGAUCCACGAGAUCCAGAGGGUGGCCAACAUCGUCCCCAUGAGCAUCCCGCACGUCACCAGCUGCGACGUCACCUUCCAGGGAUACUUCAUUGAAAAGGGCACAUCAGUGAUCCCUCUGCUGACGUCAGUGCUGAGGGAUGAGGAGGAGUGGGAGAGACCUUGCUCCUUUUACCCAGAACACUUCCUGGACGACAAGGGCCAGUUUGUCAAGCGGGAUGCCUUCUUGCCCUUCUCUGCAGGUCGCCGGGUGUGUCUGGGUGAGGGUUUGGCCCGAAUGGAGCUCUUCCUCUUCUUCACAACUCUGCUGCAGCGCUUCCGCUUUGCGCCCCCUGCUGGUGUCUCCGAGGAGCAGCUGGACCUCACGCCAGCCGUGGGCUUCACCCUCCCGCCGUCCCCACACAAACUAUGUGCAAUCCUUAGAUCCUGAUCACACACUCACAUUUUGCACACACAUACACGUACAGUGCAAUACACACAUGAAGAAGCGUUGGUUCAGAUUUACUGUGAGAGUGUGAGAAUGACUGGUGCUGUUUAAGUUUGGAAGAAGAGGAUGCCACAUAAGCCUUAUGGACUUUUGUAUUUCAAAUGACAGCUUCAUGUGCCGUCUUUGCUGAGAGGAACCGCCAGAAGGUGUUUAUUGAGGAGGACUAAUUUAGAUAGGCUGAUAUGGCACAUUUUUAUAGACUGAGGAAUGAAUCGCAUUGAGCUCGAUGGAUUUGGAUUCUAUUUGUAUUCAAGUGUCUAUUGCAGGCACUGUAUCACCCAAGAAAGAUGUAGAGGACAUCACAUGCACAUCAAAUAGCCUACUGUACAUGUUAUGCAUGUGUGGGUGUCUGUGAUGGAUGCACGUGCUGUACAGUAUGCAUAGUGUGAAAUAUUUGAAGGUGUAGUAUAUGAACACUUAGGAAUAAAACAAAAAAAGCAUCUGGUAAAAAAACACGGCUCUGUGUUUUGACUCAUUAGUCAGGUCAAGAAGUAAUGUUGUAGACCUUUUUCAUUUUUUACAGGAUUUGUUUGGAUUGUCCUGCACCUGGCAUAUUGUGGGGGAUGUACACACUUUUACUUGAUUGAUUAAAUAAAGUAUCUACCUCUGUCUUUA